AUGGCCGACCUCGCCCGUGAAGAGGCUGACCGUUACUUCUCCCACCGUGACCACCUGACUUCUCAUCCCGAAGAUCGCGACGACAAGGACGACUCUGACCUCGAUCUUGACCCCGAGCCUGCAUUUGACAAUCUCUCUGACCCUGGUACUGACGACGAGAGCGCCGGCAACAUGGCGACCAUGAUCACCACAAAGACCACCUACCAUCUGCCCUCCCAAGUUCACUAUGCCAACACUGGCCCAAAGGGAGUCAUUGCAGACGCCCAAUCCUUUGCCCGCGCGAAACAAUCGACAUUUCGACAACGGCUGACCAGCUUUGCCAAUAACCUGACCUCAAAUGGCAAGGCAGCAGCGAUCCCGACCGUCACAGAAAAGAGUGACAGGCGCAGAACCCUCAUUUCUGGUUCACCCAAAUCGACCACAUCUUCCAACUCGGACACCAACUUGACCCUUUCCGACGACGAAGCCGACUCGGAAUUCAUGAAAACCUGGCGAGCCAACCGCCUGCAGGAGCUCUCUUCUCAAUCACAGUCUGCCUACAGUGCUCAACGAAAACACUUUCCUAGCCAGCGGACCUGGGGCAUGUUCAUGGAAGUGGAUGCGAAUGGCUACCUGGACGCAAUUGAAAAGGUCUCCGACGAGACGGUCGUCGUCGUCAUGAUAUAUGAUCCUUCGUCUAGUGCAAGUGCCGAGGUGGAAGACGAGCUGAGUAUGCUUGCCUACAAGCACAAUACCACUCGCUUUGUCAAGUUACACCAUGAGGUUGCGGAGAUGGAGACGGUCGACAUCCCCGCGAUUCUGGCUUACAAGGCUGGUGACGUUUUUGCUACGAUAUCCGGCGUAAAGGCGGACGGUCUGGAGGGUCUGCUGCUUCAGUGA